UUCAUAACCUUACUUUUAAACGUCAAAUCACUUCAACAAACUUUUUUAAAUCCAACUUUUAAACAAUUUAAAAUGGAAAAAUAUAUUCAGGGUGAAUGUAUGACCAUGUGUCCUGAUGAGGAAAUAAAAAUGAGGGAGACCCAAAAAUUGCUACACAUAUUAGAAAUUGCCCCAGGUACCGAACAUUAUAGACUUCCCAGAGCUGACAAAAAUAAAAUGGUGAAAGAAUUUGGCAGAUCUGCAGCUGGUAAAACACACAACCCCAAGAGUAUUCGUCCGCCCAGUGUUUUACUCAAAACGGUACAUUUCUUGAUGACAGAGGUGGCAACAAACACAACUAUUCCCUGGAAUGUGAUAUACGAUUAUAUAGCAGAUAGACUGCGAUCAAUAAGGCAAGACAUGAUAAUUCAGAAUACCAAUCUUGCACAUACAAUAACUAUUCUACAACCAAUUGUGAGAUUUUACGCGUUUUCAGCAUAUACACUAUAUGGCUGUAACAGAAGUAUAUUUGAUGAUUUUUUAAAUAACAAACAUUUACUGGAAUGUUUAAAACGGUUACUUAAUAAUUAUGAUGACUUUGAUAUUCUAAUUAAAACAAAACAAACAGAAUUUGAGGAAUAUUUAUUAGAAAAUAGACCUCAAUUUGAAGCUAUGUAUAUUAUUUUUAAUAUUGGAGAGGAAGCAGCUAUUUUAAGGGGCAUAAACUUGGACCAAAAAUGGAGAACAAGUGAAGUUGAAAGUGCAAUAAAAUUGUCAAUAUUAUUUUCAAAUGGAAACUAUGUUAAAUACUGUAGGCUUAUUACACAUUUUCCCCCAAUUUUGGCUGCUUUAGCUUCCCUACAUUUACCAAAAAUGAGAAGAUGGGGUUUUAAAGUAAUGAGUAAUGCUUACAACAGUAAAACUCUAACAUAUCCUGUCAAAAAAUUUAAAACUAUCUUCCUAUAUAAUUCUGAUGAAGAAGUUGAACAGAAUUGUGGCCAUUUUGGGUUUCCUGUGGGAGUGAAUGGAAUAAGUCUGCAAAAACAGUAUUUUAAAGAAAAUACAGAGAAUGAGACUGAAAAGGAUAACAAAAAUAAACCCAUGUAUGAGGUGCCUUUUGUUAAACCAGAAUUUAUUGAGGAAAAAGUGUUUGAUACUUGUUUAAGUGAUCUUCUUUUGUACAGUUAGGUAAUUAACUUAUUUUUUAUCCCGAAUUUUUACAAAUAUACUUUUUUUGCCAUG